CGCGUGGCCAAGGGCUGCUGCAGCAGCAGCAGCAGCAGCAGCGGCCACUGUUGGGACUUCGGAGACGGGAGGAGGUGUUGGCAAGGACCUGCUCGUGAGAACGCUCGUUCACGUGAAAACCCGACCCAGGUGUUUCACUCAGCAGCAGCAACAUGAGCCUCGAUUUCAAACCUGGGGACCUGAUCUUCGCCAAGAUGAAAGGCUAUCCCCAUUGGCCGGCCAGGGUGGAUGAAGUUCCUGAUGGAGCAGUGAAGCCACCCACAAAUAAGAUGCCUAUAUUCUUUUUUGGCACACAUGAAACAGCAUAUUUGGGACCAAAAGAUAUAUUCCCCUAUGCUGAAAAUAAAGAAAAAUAUGGCAAGCCAAAUAAAAGAAAAGGCUUUAACGAAGGAUUGUGGGAAAUAGACAACAACCCCAAAGUUAAAUUUUCUAGUCAGCAGUCCCAGCCAGCUGUUAACACUGCAGAUGAUAAAGAAACUCCUGAAGAUACUAAUAUAGAUGCUACAGAGGAAAGUGAGCAAAAAAUGGGGCCUAAACGGAGGAAAGCUACUGCUCUUAAAGGAUCUGUUAAGCAAGAUAGUCUUGACUCUGAGGUUGAAAUGGAAGAUAAAGAGAUGGAAACACCAAAAGAGGACGAUUCUUCAGAAAAACCUACCAGUGAAGAUGUGGAAAAAACAAGUGAUGAACCUGUUCCCAAGGUUGCAAGAAGGGGGAGAAAAAGAAAGGCUGAAAAACAAGCAGAACUUGAAGAGGCAGCAGUGGCGGCAACCACAGUUGCAGUGGUUACAGUUCCAAAAUCAAGCCCUAAAAGAGGAAGGCCAGCUGCUACUGAAGCGAAGAUUCCAAAACCUAGAGGGCGACCAAAGUUGAUAAAACCAACCGGUCCUCCUGAAAGCGACACUGUUGAUGAGGAAGAUAAGACCAAGCGAAAGGGAGUUGAUGAAAAACUGCCUAAAAAACAGAAAAGAGAUGAAGAGAGUCAACGGGAAGAAGACAAAGUAAGAAAAGACCCAGAGAAAAAAGAAGGGAAAAAAGAAGUUGAGACGAAAAAGAAAACCACCACUAAAGUGGGAUCAGCCUCAGACUCUGAAGAAGAUGGAGACGACCAGGAAGGGAGUAAGAAGAAAAAAGGAAGAAAUGUUCAAGGGCCCCAUAGAAGGAAUAUUUUAAAAACCCAGCAUGAGCGAGAAGGAGCAGAAAGAAAACGUAAACAGGAAGAUCAGGUGGAAGGAGAUUUGCAAAACAAGGAAGAAAGCAAGAAACCAGAAGCUAAGAAGAUGGAGAAAAAAAGAGAAACAUCAAUGGAUUCUAGACUUCAAAGGAUACAUGCAGAAAUCAAAAACUCACUCCAAAUUGACCAUCUUAAUGUAAACAGAUGUAUUGAAGCUUUGGAUGAGCUUGCUUCUCUUCAAGUAACCAUGCAACAGGCUCAGAAGCAUGCUGAAAUGAUUUCAACACUUAAGAAAAUACGGAAGUUCAAAGUCAGCCAAGUUGUUAUGGAAAAAGCAACCAUGCUCUACAACAAAUUUAAGACUAUGUUUCUUGUGGGAGAAGGAGAUUCUGUUCUUUCUCAAGUGUUGAAUAAGUCACUGGCUGAGCAGAAGCAGCACGAGGAAGCAAACAAAACCAAAGAGCAGUGGAAGAAGGCACCAAACAAGAAAACUGAGAAGGAGAGAGAGCAAGCAGGCACAAAAAUAGUGAAUGGUGGUUCUGAUUCUCAAGAUGCAAACCAGCAGAAUGGAGACAGCACAGAGGAAAAGACAGAGAAGCUUGAUGCUGGCAGUAAGAAGAAGAUGCCCAGUGAUGGUAGAGAACAAGAGAAGACGAAGGUUGCAACCUCUGAAAACGAAUGACUGCAGCUUACACUUUUGUAAAGUACAUUUAAAGAUAAGGAUUUGCAUUUGAGAACGACAUUGCUGAAAGUUUUAAAUAAUUUUAUAAGCAUAGUAUUUUAAUGUGUACAAUUCCAUGGGGGUUGUGAAGAAUCUCUCUUUACCUUUGUAUUUAAACAUCCUGAUAGCAUUUGGCCCAGUAUUAAUAAGCAAUACGCAGUUCAAAUGUAAAGCGUUUUAGAGACUGAAAAGUGUUUGUAUGUUUCAGGAUUAGUGCUGUAGUAUGUUUUAUCUAAAUACUGUAUGUUUGCUUUUUAGUUAAUGACAGGAAUCCUUUCUUUGAAAAUUGCCAAACCACUCUUGUACAAACCUAUUUUCUUCCUGCUGUCUGUGCAUAGUUUUCAGAGUUGAUGUUUGCCAAAGUUGUCUGCUCACUUGUGUUUUUUGUAAGAAGCCAAGAGCAUUUUGUAACAGCUGCAUUGUAAUGUAUGGGUACAUUCAGUCAGUCCUUUAUAAGAAGUUAGUUUUGUUCUUGGAAGCUAAUUGUGCCAAUUUAAAAUGCUCUGACUUUCUGUUGUAUGCUUUUGGUAUUGCUAUCAUACUAAGGAAACAUGACUGUCGUAAAACACUGUCUCGA